CAAUAUUUUUUCUGUCUUUGUUUUUCGAUCGUGACAGCUAAUAAUGGGGAUCGAGGGUGCGGUUGACGACGGUUUAAGCAGCGACGGAUAAGCGAGCGGGCGAUUACCGAGCGGCGGCGGCUGACUCUAGUUUCAAGCAGCGACGGAUGCAGCGAGCAUAGGCGACGGAGAAGUACAGAGAACUAUGACUUUCUUGCAGUGGUCAAACAAAAAAAUCUGCACCAAAUCACAUAAAUCUAAUGGCCAAAGCUUAUUUAUCGCCUCACCUUCAAUCCACAUGGAGCUGGACGCCGAGGACGUAUAGAGCAGCUGGAUGCAGCGAUGGAAGUCCACAGAGGUCUUGCUAACGUUCUUUGACUAGAAGCAACACUCAUUAACCAGGCUACAGGGUCUGGGUACUCAGAAUAUGCAUACACACUCAGAGUUGAUGAGAAGAGCGAUGUGUACAGCUUUGGCGUCGUGCUACUGGAACUGAUAUGUGGGAAGAAGCCCAUUGGGGAGUUAGGGUUGGGUCGAUAUCAUCCAAUGGGUUGGAAGUCUUACGUCUUACGGGUUGGAAAAAGGAAGAGGUGGUCGAGGUUCUUACGUCUUACGUCUUCCUGUCUUACGUUUCCCAGCCCCUGGCCCAUUUUCUGCCUUGAGAGUACACUGAAAAAAGCACAAGAGAUGGAAGAAGAGAGACAACUGGGUGUUGUUGGUGCUGCGAUCGCACGUUUGAUUGAUGCCAUAAACAAUGACAGGAAGAGAGCUUUGGAAAAGAGCUUAGAAUCUCCUAACAAGAAAGUCAAGCGUAGUGACGAUAAGGGGGAGGAUGAAGAUGAAGACGAGGAGGAGAAGGCCCCUAAGUAUCCUCCUGACAUGAAGAGGAAGCCGAUUGUGAUCGAGAAGAACAAGUGUUUACCUGGCGGCAUUGAAUCGUUCUUAUGUUCUAGAAAGCAAAAAAAGAGGGACUACCUGGUCCGCUUCAGUGGGGAACGUGUACCUGUUGCAAGUCUCCGUGGUAAGCACCUCGUCAUCUGCGCUUUCUUGCUGCCUCUGCCCAAUUUUAGCGGAGCCAGGGAAGCUUGAGUUUGUCGCGCCAUGAUAGAAUCUUACCCCAAGUUAUGCGAGCUACAUGAUUUUGAGAUGGUCAUGGUUGCCCGAAUGAAAGACCAAGCCGACUUUUCAAGCAGAGCAGAUGAAGAGGCUGCCUUCAAUCGUUUCUUCUCCGCCUUCCCUUGCCUUGCGGUCCCUUUCUCCGACUCCACUUCUCGUGACUUCAUUUGCAGUUCUCUCGACUUGAUCGACGCAUUGAGCUAUAUGGUUGUUCUUAUUGUGGAUGAUAAGCAGGUGGUGGUGAGACAAAGCGACAUUGCUGAUCCCCUUUUCCUCUGGUAUGGAUCUCGUUACUUUCCCUUCACCGAGUCAAGGCUUGAUGCCCUUUGGGUUGAAUUGGAAGGAAUGAAGACGAGGCUGGACCCUAUUCACAUUGAAUUUUCUACCCCUGACGAGGAGAUGGACAAAGUAAAGGCCUCCCGCACACCUCUUUCGCUUGUUGAGCUCUUAGGCUGCCAUCCCACUGACAUGCUCUGGAAAUGUUUUGCUGACUGGGAGGACAAAAAAAUGUGUUUUGCUGGUGAUGGGGAUGGGAACUGCCUUUUUCUCAAGAAAUGUAGUGCGAACAGCAAGAAUAUUCUCCAGAAAUGUAGCAGUAGCAACGAGCAAUUUCUUCGGCCGUGCAGCCAUACUGGGGGGAUGGCAAUGACAAGGUGGCGGUAUCUGUGUUGGAAUUGAGUUGUAAGAAGUUGGUGGGAGUGUACCUCAAGGUUUGGAGUUGGAGGUAGUGCUGGUAUUUCUACCCUUUUUUGGGGACUUCACAUCCUUUGUCAACGAUGCCAAGCUUGGCAUGAAUGCGCUCAAGAUAUCAUCUUGGUGGAUCGCUCCUUACAAUGGUGAAAUAAGCCGGAGGCUAUGGGGAAUGUGUAACUUUAACUGGUCUGACAAGCUGUUUGUUUCGGAUGGGGCUACCAAAGCUGGGGAACUCAAUAUAAUGGAAGAGUUCUCAUGAAUAAUUUAGGGGUGGAGGGAUAUCCCUUUUCACGAGAUAUAGUCUUGUCGAAAAACUGUUGUCCCGUCUGAGGUCUACCACCAUAGAGUCGCUGUUUGAUGAGUCCACAGAGGGUGUUCACAACAUUGCCCUCCGCGACCAAGGACCUCCAUUUGCGUUGCAUGUGUCUGAGCUCAAGGGCAAGAACGUCCUUGUUUACUUUGACUAUUAUUCCAACAUGGAAGGAGGAUAUGUGCUUAAGAAGUUGGAAGGGUGCUAGGACAGAAUGAAGCAGGUUUAUCCUAAUUCAGAAGUGUUGUUUGUUCCCCUUGAAGAGUUUGCCAAGAGUGCCCCCCAAGAUGCCAUGGCUGACUUUGCACCAUUCUGCAGCUGACUCAGUUAUUGACUGUGAUAUCCUCUUCAGUAUAUUUAUGCAUUAUUGGAACGUAACAAACUAAACUUGUUAGCUUGUUUAAAUAUCUCAGUGUUUUGUUUGGCUUGUGCCGAUAUUUAAACUUAACUUUCAUUAUAAGCCCGCGUAUUUCAUGGAGAGAAUGAAGUGCUAAGCAAAACAGAUUGCAUUGUUUAGUUUAGCUUUUAAUGCAGAAAGAUAUAUGAGUUGAAUGUAUUACCAAU